AUGACAGAUUCAUCAUUACUCCUGCCUGCCUAUCUAUCUAUCUAUCUAUCUAUCUAUCUAUCUAUACGAAAAGGAGAAGGGCGAUUCAUCAUUACUCCUGCCUGCCUAUCUAUCUAUCUAUCUAUCUAUCUAUCUAUCUAUCUAUCUAUCUAUCUAUCCGAGGAGAAGAAGGGCGAGUGCACACACGUAUAUCUAUCUAUCUAUCUAUCUAUCUAUCUGUACGAUGAAUAUAGCAAAAAAGAUGAGGACAUCAUAAAUAGAAGGGAAACUUAUUCCUAUCUUCAUAUCCGGCCCUCGUCUAACUUCCGCACUCCCCCUCCAUCUCCUCGUUCUUCUUCUUCUUCUUCUUCUUCUUCUUCUUCUCCUCCGCCUCCUUCUUCUUCUUCUUCUUCCGAUCGCUUCCUAUUUUUAUUCCUAUUUCUUACCUUGUUCUCUGCACAUCUUCAGUUAGUUCCUUGA